GCCUGGCCGCUUAGACCAACCCUCCUAGUCUAGCCCAGUUUGUCACAAGUUCCCAAGGGCCACCUGCACCCGGACCACAACUCCUCAGAGAACCUUCACCCUACGGGUCCCCGUCAGGGUCAACCGAAGCGCUCCGAGGGGCGCAAGCUCGCGGCAUUCCAGCUCCCCACGUCCGGCGCGGCCAGGCCUGCGCCUGCGCGGGGCGUGACCAUAGAGAGGCAGCCGCCGCUCUGGCCUCGGCUUAGUCUCUAUGGUCCAGCUGGGCCGGUGGCGGUAAGGAGAAAAAGGGAGAGCGCGGCGCGCAGGCGCUCUCGGCACUUUUUUUUUUUUUUUUUUUUUUUUUUAAUCCCCGCACCAAGCACUUAACCUCAUUAGGGUGGAGGAGAAGGCGGCGGCGAUCUGAAUGGACUGCUGAAUUAUGAAGCAUUUCAGACCCAGUACCAGAACUUCCCUCUGCCAUUCACUCCUGUAUCUUCUACUAGUUAUUUAAAUUGAACUUUUAAUAUCCUGCCAGCUGCUCUUCAGACACACAUGGUGCAUUGUUGCCAUUCCCCGGAUUGCAUCUUUGAAACACAGGCUCUUAGUAACCUCCAGCGAACAAAGAGGCAACCUCCUGGGUACAUUGACUGGGAGGGUGUCACCCUGACUGCCCUCUAGCUUUUGCUGCAUCUCGAUUUUACUUCACCAUGGAGCCUCGCAUGGAGUCCUGCCUGGCACAGGUGCUGCAGAAGGAUGUGGGGAAAAGACUGCAGGUUGGCCAAGAACUCAUAGACUAUUUCUCAGACAAACAGAAGUCUGCUGACCUUGAGCAUGACCAGACCAUGUUAGAUAAACUUGUGGAUGGACUCGCUACCUCUUGGGUGAACUCUAGCAAUUACAAGGUGGCUCUCCUGGGCAUGGACAUCCUAUCCGCGCUAGUCACCCGGCUGCAGGAUCGGUUCAAGGCUCAGAUCGGCACAGUGCUGCCGAGUUUAAUAGACAGACUGGGAGACGCUAAGGACUCCGUGCGGGAGCAAGACCAGACUCUGCUGCUAAAGAUCAUGGAUCAAGCUGCUAACCCCCAGUACGUGUGGGACCGGAUGCUGGGAGGCUUCAAGCACAAGAACUUCCGGACUCGGGAGGGCACGUGUGUCUGCCUCAUUGCCACCCUCAAUGCUUCUGGAGCACACACUUUGACACUAAACAAGAUUGUGCCACAUAUAUGUAAUUUACUUGGAGAUCCAAACAGCCAGGUUCGAGAUGCAGCAAUAAGCAGCUUAGUGGAAAUUUACAGACACGUAGGAGAACGUGUGAGGGCAGACCUCAGUAAAAAAGGAUUGCCACAGUCCCGGUUGAAUUUAAUUUUUACAAAAUUUGAUGAAGUCCAAAAAUCUGGAAACAUGAUACAAUCUGCAAAUGAUAAAAAUUUUGAUGAUGAAGAUUCUGUGGAUGGUAACAGACCUUCCUCUGCCAGUUCUACAUCUUCCAAAGCUCCACCAACCUCACGGAGAAACGCUGGAAUGGGGACCACCCGGCGGCUUGGCUCAUCCGCUCUUGGGUCUAAGUCUUCAGCGCCAAAAGAAGGAGCUGGCGCUGUUGAUGAAGAGGAUUUCAUUAAAGCCUUUGACGACGUACCUGCAGUGCAGAUUUAUUCCAGCCGAGACCUCGAGGAAUCCAUAAACAAGAUUAGGGAAAUAUUAUCUGAUGACAAGCAUGAUUGGGAGCAAAGAGUAAAUGCACUAAAAAAGAUUAGAUCUUUACUUUUGGCUGGUGCUGCUGAAUAUGAUAACUUCUUUCAACAUUUGAGACUCUUGGAUGGAGCCUUUAAACUGUCUGCUAAGGACCUGCGGUCUCAGGUAGUGCGGGAGGCUUGUAUCACGUUGGGGCAUCUGUCAUCAGUUCUGGGGAAUAAGUUUGACCAUGGAGCUGAAGCCAUUAUGCCAACAAUCUUUAAUUUAAUUCCAAAUAGUGCCAAAAUUAUGGCUACUUCUGGUGUUGUAGCUGUUAGGUUAAUCAUUCGGCACACACAUAUCCCUAGGCUAAUACCGGUGAUAACAAGCAACUGUACCUCCAAGUCUGUUGCAGUUAGAAGACGCUGUUUUGAAUUUUUAGAUUUACUUUUACAAGAAUGGCAGACACAUUCACUGGAACGGCACAUAUCAGUAUUAGCCGAAACGAUAAAGAAGGGAAUACAUGACGCCGACUCGGAAGCCAGGAUAGAAGCCAGAAAGUGUUACUGGGGGUUCCACAGCCACUUCAGCAGGGAGGCAGAGCACCUGUACCACACGCUGGAGUCCUCCUACCAGAAGGCCCUGCAGUCCCACCUGAAGAACUCGGACAGCAUCGUGUCCUUGCCGCAGUCGGACCGCUCGUCUUCCAGCUCUCAGGAGAGUCUGAAUCGGCCGCUCUCUGCCAAAAGAAGUUCCACUGGAAGUAGCGCCUCUAGAGCUUCGACCGUCAGCACUAAAUCUGUGUCGACGACUGGGUCCCUGCAGCGGUCCCGGAGCGACAUCGACGUGAACGCGGCGGCCAGCGCCAAGUCCAAGGCCGCCUCGGCGUCCGGCGCCGCGCCCUUCAGCUCCGCCGCGGCCUUGCCUCCGGGCUCGUACGCGUCCUUAGAGUCCAGACACAUGAGGGACGAGGUGGAGUCCGUAGGCCUUGAUUCAGAUGGUACUGCCACUAAAGCGGAGGGUCGGAUUCGUACGAGAAGGCAAAACUCCGGGAGUACCACCAACGUCGCCUCCACACCUGCCGACAGUCGGGGCCGCAGUCGCGCCAAAGUGGUUUCACAGUCUCAGCGAUCCAGAUCUGCUAAUCCUGCUGGUGCUGGCAGCCGGUCAAGUUCUCCGGGGAAGUUGUUGGGAAGCAGUUAUGGUGGCCUUGCCGGGGGGUCCUCCAGAGGCCCGCCGGUGACACCCUCUUCCGAAAAGCGAAGCAAGAUCCCCAGAAGCCAGGGAUGUAGCCGGGAAACAAGUCCGAACCGAAUAGGAUUAGCACGGAGCAGCCGUAUCCCUCGACCCAGCAUGAGUCAGGGGUGCAGCCGCGAUACCAGCCGUGAGAGCAGCCGGGAUACAAGCCCUGCUCGGGGCUUCCCUCCACUGGCCUCUCGCCGGCAUUCCAGGUCCACUAGCGCUCUCUCCACUGCUGACUCUGUCGGGCAGUCAGACCGGUUCGGGCUUGGCCAGGCAGGAAGAAUACCUGGUUCUGUGAAUGCCAUGCGUGUGCUAAGCACAAGUACAGAUCUUGAAGCUGCUGUUGCUGACGCUUUGCUGUUAGGAGACUCCAGGAGCAAGAAGAAGCCCGUGAGGCGGCGAUAUGAGCCCUAUGGGAUGUAUUCUGACGACGAUGCCAACAGCGACGCCUCAAGUGUUUGCUCUGAGCGCUCGUAUGGCUCCAGGAACGGCGGCAUUCCCCAUUACCUGCGGCAGACCGAGGACGUGGCGGAAGUCCUCAACCACUGCGCCAGCUCCAACUGGUCCGAACGGAAAGAAGGGCUCCUGGGCCUGCAGAACUUACUGAAGAGCCAGAGGACACUGAGUCGAGUAGAAUUGAAAAGAUUGUGUGAGAUCUUCACACGAAUGUUUGCUGACCCGCAUAGCAAGAGAGUUUUCAGUAUGUUUUUGGAGACUCUUGUUGAUUUUAUAAUAAUUCAUAAGGAUGAUUUGCAAGACUGGCUUUUUGUUCUUCUCACACAAUUACUUAAGAAAAUGGGGGCAGAUCUACUUGGAUCUGUACAAGCGAAAGUUCAGAAAGCUCUAGAUGUCACAAGGGACUCAUUUCCAUUUGAUCAACAAUUUAACAUUUUGAUGAGAUUCAUUGUGGAUCAAACUCAAACUCCUAACCUCAAGGUCAAAGUGGCAAUCCUGAAGUACAUUGAGUCUCUCGCCAGGCAGAUGGAUCCAACUGACUUUAUAAACUCCAGUGAGACCAGGCUUGCUGUUUCUAGAAUUAUAACCUGGACAACAGAACCAAAGAGUUCCGACGUGAGAAAGGCCGCACAGAUUGUGCUAAUAUCGCUGUUUGAAUUGAACACUCCUGAAUUUACUAUGCUACUUGGUGCCUUGCCCAAAACAUUCCAGGAUGGUGCCACCAAACUCCUGCAUAACCACCUCAAGAAUUCCAGUAACACCAGUGUGGGCUCCCCGAGCAACACAAUUGGCCGGACUCCCUCCCGACACAACAGCAGCAGGACCAGCCCCCUGACCUCACCCACCAACUGUUCCCAUGGCGGCCUGUCUCCAAGCUUGCUGGACUAUGAUACAGAGAACCUGAACUCGGAAGAAAUCUAUAGUUCUUUGCGUGGAGUUACAGAAGCCAUUGAAAAGUUUAGUUUUCGAAGCCAAGAGGAUCUGAAUGAGCCAAUUAAACGAGAUGGCAAGAAGGACUGUGAUAUCGUGUCCCGGGACGGCGGGGUCGCGUCCCCGGCCACCGAGGGCCGGGGCGGCAGCGACGCGGUGGAAGGCGGCCGGACGGCGCUGGACAACAAGACGUCCCUGCUCAACACGCAGCCGCCGCGCGCCUUCCCGGGGCCGCGGGCCCGCGACUACAACCUGUACCCCUACGCCGACACCAUCAGCGCCUACGACAAGACCGCCCUCAAGGAGGCCGUGUUCGACGACGACAUGGAGCAGCUCCGAGACGUGCCCAUUGACCAUUCGGACUUGGUGGCAGACCUUCUGAAAGAGCUGUCCAACCACAACGAGCGUGUGGAGGAGCGGAAGGGCGCCCUGCUGGAGCUGCUCAAGGUCACCCGGGAGGACAGCCUGGGCGUCUGGGAGGAGCACUUCAAGACCAUCCUGCUCCUGCUCCUGGAGACUCUUGGAGACAAAGACCAUUCCAUUCGAGCGCUGGCACUGAGAGUUUUAAGGGAGAUUCUGAGAAAUCAGCCAGCAAGAUUCAAAAACUACGCCGAGCUGACGAUCAUGAAGACUCUGGAGGCCCACAAAGACUCCCACAAGGAGGUGGUGAGAUCCGCCGAGGAAGCGGCGUCCACGCUGGCCAGCUCCAUCCACCCGGAGCAGUGCAUCAAAGUGCUCUGCCCCAUCAUCCAGACGGCCGACUACCCUAUCAACCUGGCUGCCAUCAAGAUGCAGACCAAGGUCGUCGAGAGGAUCGCCAGGGAGUCCCUGCUGCAGCUGCUGGCGGACAUCAUCCCGGGCCUGCUGCAGGGUUAUGACAACACGGAAAGCAGUGUGCGGAAGGCCAGUGUGUUUUGCUUGGUGGCAAUCUAUUCCGUAAUCGGAGAAGAGCUGAAACCUCACCUCGCACAGCUCACGGGGAGCAAGAUGAAGCUGCUGAACCUGUACAUCAAGAGGGCGCAGACCACCAACAGCAACAGCAGCUCCUCCUCCGACGUGUCCACGCACAGCUAAGCCGCGGGGCCUCAGACCUUCCGCCCCGUCGGCCCUGCCCGGGACGAGGAGCGCAGAUAUUUAUUACAGUCAGUAUUCGGUCCCUCGCAGCUUUUGUGUAGAAUCUUACUGGCACUGAAUGUAAAGGAGCAAGGCCUGUUUUGCGUCUUCACACACAACUGAAGAAGCGAAAGAGCCUGCGUCUCCGCACUGAGCUGGCACCGGGGCCAGUGCGCGGCCCCCUCCAGCCACCGCGACGGCAGCUGCAGUGGGCCCGGGGCGUGGCGGUCUGUUCCCUCCCAUCGUAGCGUCCUGUGGCCGGGGCCGUGACGCCACGAAAGGGUUGGUUACCUCUUUGAGUUGUAUUGGAGACAUGCUGAGAAUGUGAAUCACUUGGCGAGAAAGGAGGAAAACCGGAGAUGGCCUCUGGCAGACCCAGUUGCUUCUGUACCGGGCCAGGCAGCGGCCCUGACGCCAGUGCGGCUCCUGGGAGGUCCAGGAAGCUGUUUUCAGGGGCCUCUCGGGCCCUGAGUCUGUCCCCGCCCUGCCCCCGCCCCCACCCCCGUUCUCCUGCCCCCCAGCGCUUGCUUACGCUGCUCAGUUCUCACUCAGCCUGGCGAGUGGCACCUGCACCAUCUCAGUUUUCAUUUCUCAGUUUAAUUUGGAGUUAAGAUCCAAGAAAAGUCUAGAGAGAAUUACUAUUUUUAAUUUUAUGGACUGAAGGACUUCCUUCAUCUUCUGUUGAAAUAGUCAUUGUUUAAGGGAAAAAGUAAUUAUGGUGAAUGACAAAUGGCUGGAAACAGGAUUUAUAACAUAAUUUUAGAGUGUUUCCUUUGGUAAGAAAUUCCCAGAGUAACUACCCAUUUUAAAAGUUUCUUGAGAGUCUGAUUGCUUCAGAGUCAUUUAAGUAAAAUUCUUAAAGCGAAUGGAAAUCCUGAACGCGAGCAUGAGGGUGUCUGUCGCUGGAGUUUCAAACCACAGUGCCCUUCGCGGAGGGAGGACCCUCCCCUCCUGCUGCCUGCGGCCGCCGAGCGAGCAGAGAUGUUCAGGUUCUCACUUCCGCCCUCCUCCCCUCUGACCUCCAGCUUCAGCGUAGGAAGUCAGCAAAGACUGUGGCAGACAGACGCAUUUCAUUCAGAUUUUGUUUUAGAUACUUUAUUUGGAAAUGGGCCCGGAGAAUGAAGGUGCAGGAGAGGGAAGCCAGGUGCCUUUGCUGUGUGUGCGUGCGUGUGAGUGCGCAUGUGUGUGCUGGGUGUGUGUGCAGGGUCUCUCGCGAGUGCCGUGGUUGGACGUUACUGGCUUAUUUUGGCUCAGAACACAGCAGGGCCUGCUUCCAUUGCUAGAUGCUCCAUGUUAAUAUUUCACUGAGGGGGUUGCCAUGCUCCGCAAGGUCUCUAUCGCUGCUGUUGUACAAGCGCAGCUCAGGCUGGGUUCCCUCCCUCUGACAGUGCGGCCCAGGCCCCACAGCGCCUGCCCAGGGAGGACCUGAGCGUGGCCGGUUGCCCGCAUGGCGCUCACAGGCUCGCCGAGUGUCACAGGCCCGUCUUCAACCCCAGCUUAGAGAGGUGCGGUCCCCCAGGCGUCCAGCAGCCGCCACGCUCAGACCCGCAUGCACCGCCUGCAGCCCCGCUUCCCCGCAGGCCUGUCCCCGUGAGAAACACAGAGCAAAGCCCAGACGCGUCUGCCUCCCGUCCGCCUGACGUCCGGGCGCUACAGCCCCUGGACACAGCGCCGGGCCAGCUCCUGCUCCCAGCCGCUGCCAUCGUCAAGGUCAAAGCUGAGGCUGAGGCUGGCGAAGCUGCUCCUCAAGGACACUCCCCUCUGGGCCACGGCCACGGCCGCUCUGGCCCAGCACUCGCUUUCAACACCCGCUGCAGCUGACGCAGAGGGUUUUGUCCCAUCUCUCUCUCUCCAGCCGCCCUUUAUUUAUCAAGCAUAACACACGGCAGAGAACGGCAGUCAGGACUCUAGAACCUGCAGGACUUGGCUGGCGGUGACGUUUGGAGUGGAAAGUGCCCUGCAAACACCGGCCACCAAUGUCCGUCAGUGCUGUGUGCGCACGCAUGUCCUGCGCCCCCCGGUUGGGUUUCUGGUUUUCGGUUUUAUUUGGGGGGGCUUUUUCACGUUACAUCCAUAUCUGUAUUUAUAUCUUCUUCCUUUCACUCUCCAGUGUAUCAUGGCAAAUGUACAGACUCUUUUGUUAAUAAUGUAGGAUUUGCUAAAAAAGAAAAAAUAAAAGAACCCUUUUGAGUUUGCCCU